AUGUAUCUUCUACUUUACCAGCAUACAUGUAUCUUCUACUUUACCAGCAUACAUGUAUCUUCUACUUUACCAGCAUACAUGUAUCUUCUACUUUACCAGCAUACAUGUAUCUUCUACUUUACCAGCAUACAUGUAUCUUCUACUUUACCAGCAUACAUGUAUCUUCUACUUUACCAGCAUACAUGUAUCUUCUACUUUACCAGCAUACAUGUAUCUUCUACUUUACCAGCAUACAUGUAUCUUCUACUUUACCAGCAUACAUGUAUCUUCUACUUUACCAGCAUACAUGUAUCUUCUACUUUACCAGCAUACAUGUAUCUUCUACUUUACCAGCAUACAUGUAUCUUCUACUUUACCAGCAUACAUGUAUCUUCUACUUUACCAGCAUACAUGUAUCUUCUUUACUUUACCAGCAUACAUGUAUCUUCUACUUUACCAGCAUACAUGUAUCUUCUACUUUACCAGCAUACAUGUAUCUUCUACUUUACCAGCAUACAUGUAUCUUCUACUUUACCAGCAUACAUGUAUCUUCUACUUUACCAGCAUACAUGUAUCUUCUACUUUACCAGCAUACAUGUAUCUUCUACUUUACCAGCAUACAUGUAUCUUCUACUUUCUAUCUUCUACCAGCAUACAUGUAUCUUCUACUUUACCAGCAUACAUGUAUCUUCUACUUUACCAGCAUACAUGUAG